AUGGUAUGUGAACUUGCACCAAUAACUAAGCUACCUCUUGGGAGUAAUUCUUCUUUUAUAGCCUUGAUUCCGAAAUCCAUUAAUGCAGUCCAUCCCUCUGAUUUCCGCCCCAUAAGUCUUAUGAAUGCUCUAGUGAAAUUGUUGUCCAAAGUGCUAGCAACCAGGUUAAAAUCCUUCAUGCCUCUACUGAUUUCUCAUAACCAAACGGCUUUCAUCAAGGGGAGGCAGAUCUCUGAUGGUAUCCUUAUUACUAGUGAGAUUGUAUCUCUACUACAAAAACAGAAUCUUAGUGGGUCAAUCUUUAAAAUAGACUUUGAGAAGGCAUUUGAUCGGGUGAGAUGGGACUUUGUGCUUGAUGUUCUGUCUGCUUUGAACUUCGGUGCGAAAUGGAUUUCCUGGGUGAAAAGUAUAUUUUAUUCAUCCCGCAUUUCAGUGCUGGUGAAUGGUUCCCCGACGGAGGAAUUCGCCCCCUCGCGAGGCCUCCGCCAAGGGGACCCUUUAUCUCCGCUACUGUUUAACUUAGUGGGGGAGAGUCUUUCUUGCCUUCUGAAUAUAGGUGUUCGGAACUGCAUUUUUAGUGGUAUCUCUCUCUUUGGUGGGAAGGAGAUCAUCACUCAUCUGCAAUUUGCAGAUGAUGUGAUACUUUUUUUGCACAAUGCGGAUGCAUCUAUCAUAGGUAUUAAGCGAAUUCUGCAGUGUUUCCAAUUACUUUCAGGAAUGAAAGUUAAUUUCACUAAGAGCCAUUUAUAUGGCUUCCACAUUCCCCAAUCUCGGAUUGACAAAUGGACCUCAUGUCUUGGUUGCAUGUCAGGGAAACUACCUUUUUCUUAUCUGGGAGCCACUAUAGGGGCCUCUCCCACUUCAGUUAAGUUUUGGGAACCACUUCUCGCGAGAUUGAGAAAGAAACUAGGCAACUUUGAAGCGACAUGCAUUUCUAUGGCUGGUCGUUUAAUCCUUCUAAAAGCAGCCCUUGAUAGCGCCCCCAUUUACUGGCUCAGUUUAUAUAAACUCCCAACGUCAGUGCUAAAUAGCCUAGAGCGUAUGAGAAGAUCUUUUCUAUGGGGCGAUACUCCUGUGCAUAAAAAACUGCACCUUCUUAACUGGGAGCGUGUUUGCAAAAGUAAGGCGAAUGGUGGUUUGGGUUUAUCUUCUAUCAAACUCCAGAAUAGUAUUCUCCUUGCAAAAUGGUGGUGGAGAGCAUACAGUGAGAGGGGCUCUUUCUGGAAUCGUAUUUUUGUGGGGUGCUAUGGAAAUCUUUGGUCGUUCGAUUUGAAAAGUCUCAACCCUAAGCGUUGUUCACCAAUUGUGCGCAGUAUUUUAUCCAUCACUAAGGAACGGAAUCUCCAGUCUGUUUUUGACAGAAGCAAUUUUAAGUGGAUUUGUGGUGAUGGCCUUAAAAUUUUAUUUUGGGAAGAUGUGUGGGUUUUCGAGCAGUCUCUGGCUGAUAGGUUUCCUACCCUGUAUGGUAAAUCGACCAAGCAAUACUCUUCAGUUGCAUCGUUAUUAGACUUCUUCAGAACCUCCCCAAGGUGUAACACUCUUUGGUCCUCCCCUUUAGAUGUAACUCAGCUGAGGAACCUUGACACCCUGGUUUCUAUGAUCAGUAGUGUCUCCUUGAAUGGCCGGGUAGAUCGAAUUUGUUGGCUCCCUUCUGGUAGCGUCUUCUCCACCGUCCUGGCUAGGAAAUACCUUUGUGAUGAACCUUCUACUAAUAUGCUAAAUGCGGCGAUGUGGAAUAAAGUUUGGCAGUUGAAAGCUCCACCCAAAACCAUCCUCUUUCUCUGGAAGCUGGUGGGGGGCUUUCUUCCUACGAACCUCCUUCUCAGCCAAAGAUUACAUGACUUUAACCCUCAAUGCAGAUGGUGUACCAAUGCACCCGAAUCAAUCACUCAUAUUUUUUGGGAAUGUGAUCUUGCCAGAUGGACUUGGAGUUAUGUACAGUCUUGGUGGAGCAUUAAGGAAGUUCACUUCUCUAAGUUCGGUUUCAAUCUCUGUUAUAUCCUUAGUUUGUUUAAACCCAAGUUCAUUAAGUGUAUAUGGGAGCUAGUUGUUGUAGCUGCGUUAUGGUCGAUUUGGCUCGGGAGAAAUGAACUCAUCUUCAACAACGUUAGAAUCUCCAAGAACAAUCUUCAAGAUCUCAUUUUCUUUAGGGUUUCUAAGUGGGGUAACGCAUCCAAGCUUAUACUGUUUGACCAUGUUCCGGUAUGGAGGGUUAAUCCAGUAGGGACCAUCCAUGUUUAUCACCAUUUGGAUAAGUCGAACUACUGGGAAAUUCGUCGUAACAAUUUUCACGUAAUAUGCAUGGUAGAUGCUGCAUGGGGUCUAAGUGAUUGGGGCGACUCACGUGGAGGUAUAGGUGGCUUAAUAAGGAACAAUGUAGGUCACAACCUUUAUGUAUUCUCUGGGCCCUCCAAAGCUUUAUCAAUUCUGGAGGCGGAGGUUGAAGCCAUUUUGCAUGCAUUAAUCACGGUUAAGUUAUUGAGUUUGAAGCAUCUCAAAGUGGUUGUUUGCUCUGACUCAGCUUCAGCUAUUAAUAUCAUUUAUGAAGGGGUCGGUCGAACAUUCCCUUUGCUGGAAUCUGGGUUUGACUAUCAAACUAUGCUGCACGAUUCGGUAUGUCUGAACUAUGUUCCAUCUAUUAUAAAUGAUGAAGCAGACCUUUUAGCUAAGCAAGGAAUUAAUAAGACCCACUUCUUCAAUCAUUGGGCCAAUAGGGACUUCUACGUUGGCAGGCCCACAUCUGAAUAA